AUGUUUGCUUCUUGUGAACAUCCACAUCUCUCACCAACAUCUUCAUCAUGCGAUAUCGAAUUGAUGGAUGAAAUGCCACCACCGCCAUCAGCAUCAUCAAUCCUAUCACUGAAUGAUGAUUUAACAAUUUCCAAUCGGCUAAGCACAACGACAACACCAACAAAUUCAGUUUCACUUCGAUUUAAAAAAAAACGAAAACGAAAACUUGAUUCGGAUACAGUCUCACUUCGUUCACUCGAAGACAUUGUUGGCGAUCAUUUCCAACGAAAAAAGCGUUUAUCUCUUCCACGUUUAUCUUCUGUGUCGGAAUUGCUAAGUCCAAUGUGUGAUCGUGUCAUCAACAUGCUUCAAACAACAAAACAAUCGUCAUCAGCGAAUUUGUUAAAUCUAAUUAAUCAUAAUACACAUGCGAAUGUUCACGUGCGUCGUAAACCAUCAUCGCAGCAAGCGUCGAAUCAUGUUCCAUCGCCGAAUACAGUGAAGAAAUUUCGUGCCGCUUGGUCAGAAACAUGUGACGGAGAGAAGUUGAAACAAACGAUGACAGCUACUGAGAUCGAACGGCAAAACGUUCUCUACGAGCUACUUUCCGAAGAACAGCAAAUGAUUGAAAAUUUGGGUUUAGCACAACGAGUCUAUCGUAAUGGAAUGAAAACAUUGAAUAUCUUGACAGAUUCGGAAUUAAAACAAAUAUUUGGACCACUUGAAGAUAUUCUACCGUUGCAUGAAGAUCUCUUGUAUCGUUUAAAACCAAAAGGCAGCUCCUCGAUCGAUGCCGUCGGUCAAAUCUACCUGGAUUGGUUUCAACGUAUCCGUUUAUCUUACGUAUCCUAUUGCUCGAAUUUGAUAAACGCAAAAGAACUAUUAGAUGCCAAACGUUGUGAAGAAAAUGGCCGUGUCGAUGAUUAUCUCAAACGUUGUACAGAUUCUGGUUUUAGUCGAAAACUUGAUCUCUGGGAUUUUCUUGAUCAACCGCGAAGUCGUUUAAUGAAAUAUCCAAUCCUAUUCAAACGUAUUCAAAAGCGAACGAAAGAUGGCCAUGAAGAUAAACGAGUUUUACUUGAUACUAUUAAUUUUGUUGAAGAACUUAUCAAUGAUGUUAGUCAAGCAACAUCGGCGCAACUUUGUUCCAAUGUGAUUGCACGACUGGUUUAUAUGAGCGAUGAUCAAAAACAUUCAUUGAUCGAAAAACAAACACGAAUAUUGUGUCAAGGUGAACUUAAAAACAAUCGUGGCCAAAAACUCCACGUAUUUCUAUUCGAUGAAAUCUUGCUUUUCACACGUUUCGCUACGCGAAAUGGUUUAAAAUCUUACCAGCUAACCAACUAUCCUAUACCUGUUCUAUCUCUAAUUGUUGAAGAUAUUGAAGAUGGCGUUAAAAUUCCUGAACUAUCAUCUGGUAGUUUUUCACGUACAUUGGCUGGAUCGAAACCUGCUCGAAACGUGUUUCGAUGUUCUUCGUCGUCGUCAUUUGAUAACAAUAAUAGUCGUAAUACGUCUAUGCUACUACAAGCUCGUGAUAUGUAUGAUAAGCAACAGUGGCUAAGCGCAUUUCGAUCGAUAAUGACCAUGAAUAACAUCUAA